AUGGAGAAAAUGAGUGACAAGAUGAGGAAGCAAGUGAUGAAGGUAUGUCAAAAGCAGAAGAACUUCAGCCAAUUUCUGAAAGUUUCAAGGAUUUCGGAACAACCGAUCUAUCGCACGCUUCUCUGCAACAUGCUCGACAAUUCAGAUUAUUCGUUUUUCUUGAGUUUUCCACACUUCAUCUCUCAACUUUCUUUUCUGAUGUCUAUUUGUCAGGAGCACAAGAAUCUAAUGGAAAUCACCCAAAAAUUCAUGAAAACUUGGAAAAAUGAAUUGAAUCAAUCAUCGAAACCAGGUCACAUCAAAACUGCUCGACGUAUUCUUUGUCAUCCAACAUGUGCCGUUUCGUUUCAUCUGAAAACUCUCGAAUGUCUCCGUCGUUACUUUGUUGAAUUGAAACUUUUUGAAGGAGCGGAAGAGCAUCGAGCAUGGAUAAGAGAGAAUUUAGAAAAGAAUUUCGAGCGACAAACCGUGGUGAAUGUAUGGGAUGAAGAAUCAUUGAAUGAUGACGUUGACUCGGUUGAUAUGGAAACGAAACCAGCUGAAGAAGGAAAUAACGCGGUUGAACUUGCUAAAAAAUCCCCAAUUCUUAUGUGGAUCAGCUAUGCGAAUGUAGCAAUUCGCCCUGAUAUUUUUGAUGUCAAGUUUCUUUACACAUUAAAAGAUACCGUAUACUUUCGUGUGGCGGCUACACCAAACUUGGCAAUUCGUGAAAGAGAAUCUGAAAUGCCCUGGCAUUCGAUAGUUUUACCCUGUGUGAAACCUGAUCUCUGCUUUGUCCUCAUCUACAAUUUCUCUCGAAAUCUGUGUUCCUAUGAAGAGCUUCGUGUUCAUAUCGAUGAGCAAUUCCAUUUUGCUCCUUGUAUUGUUCGAAAAUGCGAGAGGAAAUUGAGUGCAACUACACCGAUGGUUGAGAAAAGAAAGGAAAAUAUAUAUUUCCCAUAUUGGGGUGAAAGCGAUUUUCAUCCGAAUCGGUUUGCAGAGCGACUUCAGAAAAUCGUGGACAUUGAUGAGACAUUCACAGAGGGAGGAUUUGGAGAUCUUGCCUUUCCUAGUGCUAUCCCGUCACCUGGUGGUUCUAUGUACAAAGUGGGACACCUUCAGAACUUUUCCAUUCUUAACUUUCAUAAUUCUCCAAGCACUCGAAUUCCCGCCGAAGAUUGUAAUGCAGAUGCUCCUACAAAACGGAAUAUCCAAGAGUCGGAGGACAACGAAAUCGUUCCUUAUCCAUUUUGUGCAAUUCUUUGGGACACGAAUCGUCACGUUCCAGUUUAUAUGGGAAAAAUUACUGGAAAAAAUCCAUCAAAGAACAUGGAGCCGGCGAAAGGAGGAUUAUGGAAGUGGCUCUCUAGACACCUGAAACCAAAAUCUUGA